CCAGUCGACUCUCCCAGCAUCUCCGUCAUCUGUCCUCCAGAGUCGCAAUGUCCCAGUACACCACCCGCCUCAUUGGCGCUCCCAACACUCUCGAUCACAGGGUGUUUAUCGAGCACAAUGGCCAGCCUGUGUCUUCCUUCCAUGACAUCCCGCUUUUCGCCGACCAGAGCAAUGGCAUCAUGAACAUGAUCGUCGAGGUCCCUCGCUGGACCAACGCCAAAAUGGAGAUCUCCAAGGAGGAGGCCUUCAACCCGAUCAAGCAAGACAUCAAGAAGGGCCGCUUGCGCUACGUCCGCAACUGCUUCCCCCACCACGGCUACAUCUGGAACUACGGCGCGUUCCCCCAGACUUGGGAGGACCCCACCCAGACGCACCCCGAGACCAAGGCCAAGGGCGACAACGACCCGCUCGAUGUCUGCGAGAUCGGCGAACAGGUCGGAUAUGUUGGCCAGAUCAAGCAGGUCAAGGUCCUCGGUAUCAUGGCUCUUCUCGAUGAGGGCGAGACCGACUGGAAGGUCAUCGUCGUUGAUGUCCAGGACCCGCUGGCGUCCAAGCUGAACGACAUCGAAGACGUCGAGCGCCACCUGCCCGGCCUUAUCAGGGCGACCAACGAGUGGUUCCGCAUCUACAAGAUCCCCGACGGCAAGGGCGAGAACGCCUUCGCAUUCUCUGGUGAGGCCAAGAACAAGAAGUACGCCACCGAGAUCAUCCACGAGUGCCAUGAAGCAUGGCGCCGCCUCAUCAACGGUGACAGCCCGGCCAAGACCGCUUCUUACGACCUUUCUAUCCGUAAUAUCACAAACCCGAACUCUCCUGGAUACGUCAGCCGCAACGACCCGUCGUACACUGGCUUGCCUACUGACUCCAGGAAGCCUCCUGCUCCUGUUGACCCUUCCAUCUCCAAGUGGUUCUACAUUUCUUCUGUGCAAGUCUAGAGCACGCAUAGUCCGAACAAUGGUACCCAAACUCCUUUGUAUAUCAGUAUUUCGCAGUGGUUUAUUAUGAGUCAAUAUGAUAAGUAUACAUGAAUGAUU